AUGGCCGACGAGGCUCCCGCCACUGCGCCAGUAGACGCGCCACCUGCCGCUGCCACCAAUGAGCCCACCCAGCCCGAGCCAGUCAACGGCGAGUCUACGGUCACGAAGGAGGACGAGGAGACUGCUGGCAAGCAAGCCACCACCGAAGUGAACGCGCCCGACGGCGACACGACUGAGGUGCUCGACGGGCCGUCGGCCGUCGCAAGCGCGACCGACGCGACGCCCGCGUCUGGCAAGAAAGAGAAGCGCAAGUCGAGUGCUGGCGUUCCGGAGCACAAAGUGAAAAAGCUCAACAAGAAGAAGUCGAUGCCGUCGCUGCAACUUGAGUGCAAGCCGGGCCAGCUGUACUGGGCUAGGCUCAAGGGCUACCCGCCGUGGCCCGCGAUCAUCUGCGACGAGCAGAUGCUGCCCGAGUCGCUGCUCGCUUCUCGUCCAGUCUCUACCACGCGUCCCGAUGGCUCGCUACGUGAUGAUUUCAAAGAGGGCGGCAAGAACGCGAAGGAGCGGACCUUCCCUAUAAUGUUUUUGUCUACGAACGAAUUUUCAUGGAUGGUCAACACCGCCCUUACGCCUCUCGAGCCGGAAGAGUGCAAGGACAAGCCGAAGUCGAAGAUGACGAAGGCGUUGCAGAAUGCUUACGAACUCGCUGCGGAGGAUCACCCUUUGGAGUACUACAAGGAGAUGCUCGUCGAAUGGCAGAAAGAGAUGCAGAAGAUCCGCAAGGAGCAGGCGGAGUGGGACGCCGAGCAAGCGCGUCUGGCGGAGGAGCGGGCGCAGAAGGAGGCGGAGGAGGCCGCUGCUGCUGAGGCGGACGAGCCGAAAGAGAAGAAGAAGAAGGCUCCGCGCAAAAGUAAGGGUGGAGACGAUGAUGCCGUAAUGGAGGACGCUGAGGCACCAAAGUCGUCGAAGAAGCGGAAGAAGGAGGGCGAGAGCGAUGCGGAGGGUGCUAAGCCCAAGAAGACGCCCAAGGUCACCAAGCUGAACGCACCAAAGACGCCCAACGGCGACGCAUCUGCGAAGAAAGCCUCCAAGCCGAAGAAAAAGGUGGCCGCUCCUAAAGCCGACGAGGUGGAGGAAGAGGAGAAGCCAGAGCUUACCGAAGCUGAGAAGUCGGCUCAACGCGAGAAGGCGGUCCUCUACCUCCGUCACCGCUUGCAGAAAGGCUUCCUCUCUCGCGACCAGGCACCACAGGAGACAGAGAUGGCAUCCAUGGCCGAGUUCUUUGUCCAGCUUGAAAACUACGACAACCUCGAGCCGGCUAUCAUCCGCACGACGAAGAUUCACAAGGUACUCAAGGCUAUUGUGAAGCUCGCGAUCAUCCCGAAAGACGAGGAAUAUCAGUUCAAGAAGCGCAGCGCGGCGAUGCUGGAGGUGUGGAAUAAGCGGAUGGAGGCUGACGGUGGCGAUAAGGAAGGGCCGAGCUCGGCGGUAGAGCCGAAGAGUGCUGCUGCUGAUGAGGAGGCGCCUUCUGCCCCGGGCGCGGGCCCGACUACGAAUGGCGAGGCGAAAGAGGACGCCGAGAAAGAGGUUGAGGAGGAAGGGGAGGAGAAGGUCGCAGAUGAGGCGGAGAAGGAGAUUGAUGAAAAGGCGGAUGUAAAGGGUGAUGAUAAGGAUUCGACGAUGCAGGACGUUACGGAGCCUCCGGAGGCGCCGGUCAAGAAGGGUGAGUUGGGAAAUGAUGCGAAGGACGAGGCGGAGGUUGGGGACGUGAAGGCGGAAGUGGAGGCUGAGGAGGCGGCUGCCGAGGCCGCAUAG